CCCCUCCCCUCCCUCCCCCUCCCACCCUCCCUUCCCUCUUCCCCCCUCCCCUCCCCUCGCACAACAACAACAACACCACCAACAAUGAGUAAACUCUCCUUCCGAGCGCGGGCCUUGGACGCCGCCAAGCCGCUGCCCAUUUACCGGGCGAAGGAUCUGCCGGACCUCCAGGACUGCGUGUCCAUCAACAGGGCCGUGCCGCAGAUGCCCACCGGGAUGGAAAAAGAAGAGGAGUCGGAACAUCAUUUGCAGAGAGCAAUUUCAGCCCAGCAGGUCUUCAGAGAAAAAAGGGAGAAUAUGGUUAUUCCAGUGCCUGAGGCAGAGAGUAAUGUUUCUUACUAUGAUCGUCUAUACAGGGGAGAAUUCAAGGUUCCUAAACAACUCAUUCAUAUUCAACCUAUUAAUUUAGAUAGUGAACAGCCUGAUUAUGACAUGGAUUCUGAAGAUGAAAUCUUAUUCAAUCGUCUAAAUAGAAAGGUGGAAAUUAAACCAUUGCAGUUCGAAGAAAUGUUUGACCGAUUAGAAAAGGCUAGUGGAAAUCAGCUUGUAUCUAUUCAAGAGGCCAAACUGCUUUUGAAAGAAGAUGACUACCUGAUAAAAGCAGUCCACGAUUACUGGGCAAGGAAACGCAAAAACUGUAGGGCACCCUCCCUCAUACCUUUGGUCAAACAGGAGAAAAGAGAUGGUUCUACUAACAACGAUCCAUAUGUUGCUUUUCGAAGGAGAACUGAGAAGAUGCAGACUAGAAAGAAUCGGAAAAACGAUGAAGCUUCAUAUGAGAAAAUGUUGAAGCUGCGUAGAGAAUUUAGUCGAGCAGUUACCAUCCUAGAAAUGAUUAAGAGGCGGGAAAAAACCAAAAGGGAUUUGCUUCAUCUUACAUUAGGUGUGGUCGAGAAAAGGUACCACAUGGGCGACUUUGGUGGUGAAGUUAUGUGUGAGCUGAGGACUCAAAAACAAGAAAAGGCAGUCUCCAACACUCCAGUAUCUCUUCACAAUGGCAAUCAUUACAAAGCACCAGAAAACAAAACUGUUAAGCAGCAGACUCCACACCUGAUAUCACUUAAAGAGGAGGUGACUGAUGUUGUUCGAGUAAAGAAGAAAUAUGUGAAGAAGAAACAUAAAACUUCAGAGUGUAUUGUUUUGCACCCUCAGCCUAGCACAGAAUCGCAACCACCCUUGAGGGAUAUUAAGCAGUAUGACUUCCUCAGUUCUGAUGAAGAGUCUUACACACAGGUUCCUUCUCCAAUAUCAGAACCUGAGGAAGACAGUGACCCUGAUGGGCUCUUUGCUUUCAAGAGGAAAGCUGGUUGCCAGUACUACGCUCCUAAUGUGGAUCAGAUGAGUUCCUGUCCAUGGCAGACUACAGAACCAGCUGGGUUAAGUGAUUCACGUUAUAGAUAUUGCUUGACCACACUCACUGUUCCGAGAAGGUGCAUAGGUUUAGCACGAAGACGAGUAGGACGUGGGGGAAGGUAUUUGCUAGAUCGCGCAUCCACAGACCAUGAUCACAUUUUACGGCAAAUUGACCCAGAAAUGCUGUCAUCUCCCAGCUCCCCAGCUGCUUUUUCAUCUGACGACUCAUGGACCAUUUCUUCCAAUAAAGACUUUACAAAUAGACUGUCACUUAGUGAAAUACUAAGCAAUAUUAAAGCUUGCCGAUUACGGCACUUCCAGCCUCGGAUAACCCAGCUUCAGGACAGUGAUAAUCGCUGUACUUCCAAAAAAUUAGGACAGAAUGUGAAUAAAAGAAGAAUUCCAAUGUCUUCUAUUUUAUCAUCAAGUACCAUGAUCACCAGCAGGAAUAGGAUAUCUGGUGGCAUAACAGAAGAGCAGUACCACACCCAUCAACAACAGCUUGUUCAGAUGCAAAGGCAGCAGUUAGCACAGAUGCAACGACAACAUUCCUCAAACGUCUCGCAAGGAAGUUCACAGGGAUCCAGGAUAUCUGACAGCUCUUCGAAAACGCUAGAUUCAGCUAGUGCGCACUUUGCAGCGUCAGCUGUUGUCAGUGCUCCUGGACCAAGUCAGGCAGAGGUUUCCAAGGAUGCUGCAGGUCAGACUACAAACGUCAAUGGUGUUGUCCAAUCUGCAGGUACCUAUAGAAAUCUUCAACCUUCGAAUGUUACUUCAUCCUCCAGCCCAGGAUUAUCUACUGUACAACUUAUAAGAACUGUCAAUCGCACCUCAGCAAAUCAUGUGUUCCCUGCAUUACGCACAAGCAGUCCCCAGUCAUUUCCUGUGAACAAUUCCUGUAUAGGUACAGCUGUGCGUCUGAACAGUAUGAAUGUGGUUACUCCUGUCAAUGUGCAUCUCACUGCAAGGACUUCAGCACCUUCUCCUUCUGCCUUAAAGCUGGCCACAGCUGCUACUAGCCUUGACAGGGUGCCAAAGGUGACCCCCAGUAGUGCCAUCAGUAGCUUGGCUAGGGAGAGCAGUGAACCAGAGAGAUUAUUGAACGGUAUUGCAGACAAGACGGUUGCUAUGGAGGUGACAUAAUGACGUCCAAAGCACUUCAUCCAAGAUGUACAGUGAUGGAAAUCUUUUAUUCCAGACUGAAUUGGAAUAAGGCAUCCAAUGGAUUGCAGUUGCUAAAUGUGGACCUGAAUGGCGUCAUAUCAUAAUUGUAAAAUAAAAUUGUCAAUAUAUAAAUGUAAAUUUUGUAAAGUUCAGGUGAUCACUACCUUGUAUAAUAGUUUAUUUGUAUCAUCUUAUGUAUUUCUGUUACUUGAAUACUAGAUAUUCAUCAUGCUUUGCACUUGAAAUUACAACAGAAUGAAUAUGACACAAAUCUAUGGGAUCAUGAGCAUGAAAUUGGGAUCCUUUUGUCACUUGUUUUAACUAUUUAUUUUGCCAUGUUUACAUUUUGUAACUUGUACAAAUCAACUUUGUGCUUAAAAAAAAUUUAAAGAUAUUUAGGUAGGCCAUGUAAAUCCUUGUCAUUUUUUGUACAUUGUAAAGUUUUCACUCAAUUUUUUUUCUCUCAAAUUGAAUAGAUGGAUGUUUGGUAAAUAUUAAGUGACAUUUCUUUAUCAGACAUUUAAGUCAAGACAAAAAUAGUAUUUUCUAUUGUUUUGGAGGGCGAGGGUAGUGAAACAGAAUUGAAGAUGAUCAACUUCCAUUUUGCUCCUUUCCCUGUGGCUGCAAGGCAAGUAACAGGUUAGAAAGACUGUCUGACUUUUAUGUUUGGACUAUAGUGUUUUUAUGAGUUUAUACAAUUACUAUUACAUAGGCCUUUUCAACAGUAUUAGUAUUGGAAUGUUAGUGUCAGCACUACAUCAGACAACUUCCUUGUUACUUGAUCUUGUUAAGUGAAAAAAAAUGCAGGGAAAUUAAACAUACAUAUCAGAAUAUCGGUUUGGACUAGCAUUAUUUCCCAAAGCAAACAUUCACGUUACAAGCUGACAGAUGUAAAGAACCGUGUUUCAAAAGUCUUAAUGGUUUUGAUCCAACUGAUUCCGAAAGUAAAUAUUCUCUAUCUCGUAUAAUACAUUUACAGAUUUUCAGGAAAGAUUUUGAUGUGAUUUGGCCCUUUCAAAUAGAUUGCUGGCAAGAAAUUUGCAUUUCGUCCUGGAUAUUAGAUGAAACAAAUCCUGCGUUGGUGAUAUUUUGCAUAAAGGUGUGGGUUUUCAUAGAGUACAGUUGGUAUGGCUGCUUGGGAUUUGCUGGCAUUUUCUGGACAAAACCAUCAGCAAAUCAAAUGCCUGAGUAUGAAACUUCCAUUGGAUCAGCACAUUGUUUUCUGAAUCAAACCAGCUAUUUUGUACCAUCGCUGAAGCAUGCGAGUACCAAGAUAUCGGUUAAGAGAUUUAAUGACUUUUUAUUCGCUGCAAUUUAUUGCUUUGUGUUUGGUACAGAAGACGAGUGACCACAUCUGUGUCCAAAUAUGCUAUAAAUGACUAACAUUAGACUAAAUCCUAAAUUCAGUAGCAACUGAGCAUCAUAGUCGUACAACACAGAAACAACGUUAAUUACAUUGUCAUCCAAAUCGGUAAUGUAUUUAACAAACACCGGUAGACCCAGCAUUAUCUCUUAAGGCACUUCAGGCCGUCAAUUUGGGAGAAAAACUUCCACAACUAAGCUUUGCCUCCUUCCACCAAGGCAAUUUUGAAUCCAAUUGGCCAGCUCAUCUGUGAUUCCAGGUAGGACCUGGUCUAAAGCCUAGCUAAAGUCCAUACAGACAAGUCCAUACAAAGCCCUGCCCUCAUCAUUCCUUCUGGUGACCUCUUCAAAAAAUUCUUAUCAGAUUUGUGAUUAGGAAGAGUCAGCACAUCAGAAAUAGACUUCCUAAUCAGUUGUCCCUUUCCAAAUGCUUAAGAUCUUGUCUUCAAAAGUCCCUUCCAACAACUUUCCCACCACAGAUGUCGGGUUCACCAGCCAGUAGACCCCAGGUUUGUCCCUGCUGACUCCUGGUUGCUUACCGUCCCUUUGAAAAUGUUCCAGCCGCUCCAAGAAAUCCUGGAUCCUAACACCAGAGAGGCAACACGCCAUUCUGUAAACUUGUUUGUGGCCACAGAAUCUCCUGUGCUGCACUAAUUAUAAUGUGUUUUCAAGGGGAGUGGCCACAAGGGAUUCCUGCACUCUGCCUACUUUUACCCUUCCUGGUACACUUAGCCUUUCAAGCCAAAGCCUCAACUCAAAACAGUACUUCAACUUCAGAACUCAAUCUCUAUUAAAACAGCAGCUCUACUAAAGCAUCACUUCCUAUUAGCUGCUGUGUCUCUCAAUGAUCCAAUCAAACAACGUUCUUUAAACCUGCCCGCUGCUGCUCUGCCUUCUGGUUAGAAACUAACUUCCAUUGUUGAAAACUCUGCAAUAUUCAGCAUGUCAUUUUUUAUGUGACUGGUACAUUAAUGUUUUCUACCCGAUUUUCCAGCAUCUGCAGUUCCUUCUUAAACAAAUUAAUAUUAUGUUGGUUUGCAUCUGUUUUGGAGAAUUCUAGCCUGUUUCAAAGAGAUUUUGUCCUUUACAGCAUCUUUAUAAAUUCAUUCAUAACUACACAAUCUAAAAUACUACCAUCUGUAACUUUGUUUGAUUCUUACCACAUAUGUACCUUUCUGCUGGAACUUUUAUGUGUACAUUUGUUGCCUUUUGUGAUUACAUUGAUGCUUUCUUGGACAGCCUCAACAUGGUUGCUCAUCAAAAAUGCUUUUAUCCUAUCCUGUUUCUAGACACUCCUUUUAAUUUAUUGACACAAUUUAAGUGUAAGCCAUAUUUUUUAAAUUUGUGGAACAAAUUAUGGAUGAUUUAUGAAGCACUUUCUUGUAUGAAAUGUAUUUGUUUAAAAUUCAGAUUUGCAGCUUUUUUAAAGUGUCAUUUUCAUUAAUAUUGGAAUACAUCAAAAAAUCCAAGGGGACAGGCUCUGGUCUAUAAAAUUGUUUUCCAUUUCUGUGACUGCACUGAAAUAUUGACUUGGGGCACAUUAUAGUUAUUUGUAAAAUUGAAUGUCUCAAUGAUUUUUUUAAAUCAAUAGUUUGGCAUUCAUCAUUAUCCUUCCCAUUUUAGAAUCAUGAAUGUAAAUUGGCUCUUUAAAGAAUAUGGGCAGUUUUUUAAACAUUUGGCACUAGAUCAGGACAAUAUUCAGCGUCGGGGACCAUCAGUGAAGAGAGAAAUAGGACGGCAAGUCUAUACUCGUACAUGCAUCCUAAUCUGACGCUGCAUUUUCUGAGUUAUUACAGAUUUCCAGCAAGUUAAGUUUAUGCUGCUGGGCAAAAGUAGAAUGCGAUUGGCACCAGCAAAUUAAUUGGAUUUUGUAGUUCUAACAGUACGGCAAUUGAAACCUUCUUCAACUUAGUACUGGGUGAUGAUAAUUCUAGCAGCAUAUGUUAAAAAAAACUCUCAGUGCAGGUAAGAAUGUGCCGUAUUUCUGUUAAAGAUAAAAGCAUCCUUGAAUGUGUGCCACAGCACGGCAUUUUUCAGUAUUAAUGUUGGGGACUAUAGAUUCACUUUAGUAGUUAAUGAUUCAUGCUGUUGAUUGUCCUUUAUACUAUAAAAAUUCUAUUUUUUCUAUAAAUUACAGCUAAACUGUAAUGCAGAAUAUUAGCUGUUGGCAUCGGAGUGCCCAUUUAAGUCGGGGAAUGGUAAUCACUUUAUAGUUUGGAGAGAUUUUUGAUCCUGCAACAAUGAGGUCCAACAACUGACAUUUGUUUAAUCCUACUUUGAGAAGGUUUGAGUAAAUAAUCUAGAUUGACUUUAGUAUAGUACUGAUGAGGUCAUCAUUUUACGCUGGAAAUGACCUGAGAGAUUUUCAUAUUCUGUUUUUUAAUUACCAGGAGUUAUUAAAAUUUACCACUGUUAGGAACAACCAAUGAUUUACCUAAUAUUCCUCAACCAUCAGUAAUUGACGUUUGCAAUGUUCUCACUGUCAUAACAGAAUAAGCAGUGAAUUUGCGCAAUGCCAUUUCAAAUGGCAAUAUGAUGGCCAUAUAUUUUUGUAAUAUUUGAGGAUAAAUGCUGACCAAGAUGCUGGUGCUAAUCCACUGCUCUAUUAGAGUGCCAAUUGUUUUACCUGUAACUAGAAACUGAGGCCACUUGUGUUUAACAUUGCAAUUUUCAGUAUGAAUUUUGUGCACAUAUCCAGAGUAAAACAUGCCAAUGAUUUACAGCUCAUGGUUGUCAGAAUCGCACUGCUGUGUAAGCAAUGUGGCUGCUGCAUGGCCUUUACAUUAGCCUGAACUUAAUUUUUGUAAUCAUGAGGCAAAUCUUGCACAAGAUGCAUGUCUCAGAAUUUUUCGAAACUAGUUGGAAAUUUCUGUUCAUGUAAUAUUUCCUGGAGUUUGCGAAAUUGUAAUUGGAGGUGUUUUUUCGUUUAUGAUUUAUCAUGAGUAUGGGGGCGGGGGGGUGGAAGAUUGCAACCUUCACGUGGUCCGCCCUGUUUCGACGAAUGCAAUCAACCCGGCGUGCACGAUCAAAUAGAACAAGUUGUCCGACAACUUUAGGCUGUGCACGCCAUAUGCAAGAAGAGGAAGAAGAUGAAUAUGGUCAUUAAUUCCAAUGAUAGGAAUGAUUUUCAUACAGCCUUCCCUUACAUGAUGCAUUUCAAAUAGGUAUCUCAAAUACCUUGCCAAUAGGUUUCUACCCUGAAUAGCCUCAAAUCAAGAAUAAUCUGCACAGUGGAGCAAUGCAACUUGUUUGGGUAGGCAACUUGCUAAAGAU